CUUACAUGCAUGUUUCCUAUGAAAUCCGAUAACCAUGCAUUUUACUAUAAUUAAUUAAUUAGCAUGGCUCUUUGCAGUAAUUGUGAAAAACAUGCAUGACAGAAAGUCCAGACUCCAGAGAUUAGACGAUUCAUCACGAACCCUUCCUUUUAGCGACAAAUGUUUUACGAUCCCCUCUAUAAAUAGGCUCCAUAUAUGGACUAUAGACUAAACCUUAAACACCAGCACUUCAAUUUUUCUAAAGAGUUACCAAAUGAAGGUUCAAAUCCAUUCUAAGAAAUUAGUUAAACCAUUUACUCCAACUCCCUCCAAUCUGAACCAUCACAACCUAUCUUUCAUUGAUGAGUUAGCUCCAAAAAUGUAUGCCCCUGUUAUUCUGUAUUAUCCAUGUCCUGAAAAUGUUACCGACAAGGAUCUCUUUUCUUCGACAUGUUUGCUCGAGCUAGAGACAUCGUUGAGCAAGACUCUGGUUCAGUUCUAUCCACUAGCAGGGAGGUAUAACAAACACCUUCAGUUGGUUGAUUGCAAUGACAAAGGAGUUGAGUUUGUCGAAGCCACUGUGGACUGUCAUCUCCACGAGGUUUUACCUCACGGGGAAAGAUCAGAUCCUCAGUUUCUCAACAAGUUUAUUCCCUGUGAAGUUCUGAUUACUGAUGAAGCCAUGCAUCCAUUGCUUGCCAUUCAGGUUACCGUGUUUAAGUGUGGUGGAUUCGCGAUUGGCGUUUGCAUUUCACACAGGAUUGCUGAUGCCGCCACGCUGAGCAUGUUCCUUCAAGCAUGGGGAACCACAGCAAAGUUAAACAAGAAUGGAAAUCAACAAGAGAGUAUUCAGAAAAUUUUUCCAUGUUUUGAUGCGGCUGUGUACUUUCCAAAAAGAGGGCUACCACACCUUAAUUUCGGAAUAUUCACAAGUUCUGGCUGCAAGAUCGUCACAAGAAGGUUCUCAUUCGACAACAAGGCAAUAUCAACCCUAAGAGCCAAUAUUCUACCUGGAACCGGGCAAACUAGUAAGUUGCAGAUGGUGAUUGCAGUCAUAUGGAAGGCAUUACUUGGUGCAGAGAAGUUGAAAGAUGAACACGCGAGGGCUACUCAUAUCAUGCAGCCCGUCAACCUGAGGGAUAAGCUUACCACUCCGUUUCUACAUAAACAUUUCUUUGGAAAUCUAUGCAUUCUUGCAUCGGUGCCAAUGAUGGCAGCAGAGAACCGGGAGAUUCCUGACUUAGCCAUUCAACUGAGCAGUUCUGUGAAGGGCAGUAUCGAGGGAUGGGCAAAGAUGAUGUCUCUAGGCAAGGAUGAUCCGCUUCUAAAGAAUAUGAUAAGCAGUACGGUCAAUUACUACAUGAUUAGUAGCUGGAGUAGGUUUCCAUUUUACGAAACUGAUUUUGGCUGGGGGAAGCCUGUUUGGGCAAGUAGUGUAUACUUCCCUUGUAAGAAUAUGGUCCUCCUGAUGGAUAAUAAGAAGGGUGAUGGCUUCGAAGCAUGGGUGAGCUUGGACGAAGCAGACAUGAACAUCUUCGAACAGGAUUUCAACAUCAAAGCGUUCUCUACCUAGUGGAUCAUCAGAGGGAUAUAGGCCAAAUGAAAUAUGAUUGUACAAGUAAACAAUGCAUGAUUUGUGUUCUGUUGUAAACUUUACUUGCCUGUUGAUUCUAGUGCCAUAGCCAUAUAUGUAAUGUAAUGCAUUCAACCUAAUCAAGAGUAUAA